AUGAGUCCUAUCUCUGAUGACGGAGGCGUUUUUUUAGCUCAAAUCUCGCCAGAUAUUAUCACAAACAUUCCUGAAUCUACCCCGAAAAUCACUGAUAGAGCUACUCUUGUAACUACAAAUAUUUAUGAAACUAACAAUAAGGCGACAACCAUCGCGAACACUGGUUCUACUCCUGGAGUCGCCAACAUCACUAACACUACUCCUGGGCCCACUGAUUCUGCUAAACCUACUCUUGGAACUAUGAAUAUCACUGGGACAAACAUCAUCCCCAUUAAUAAGUCGGAAAGUGGAAUUGAAAAUGGUACUUUUUCAUCUGAUAGUAAUAAAACUUCAUCGUUCUUUGAUAUCGAUGAAAAAGGAAUCAGUAAGGACAGAACAAUGUCAUCUGGCGACAACAGCACAACACUGACAUUCUUUGAUAAUGAAAAUGAAUUGGUGAAUAAAACUUUAUCAUUCUUCGAUAGUUACGAAAAUGGAACCAUCGAAAACGGCACAGUUUUAAGUGAUAACAAUUGUACAACCUUGACAUUUUGCGAUGACGUUAGAAAUGAAACUGUGUCCUCAGAUACUGCUACGACUCAAAGCGGCAAUUAUAUUUUACCUUUUUUUGAUGUUGACAAAAAUGAAAAUAAUGAGAAUGCCACAGUUCCAUCUGAUAAGACAUUAACUUCAUUUAAAAAUAACAACGAAAUCGUUUUUAAUGAUACUACCUACUUUUCUAACAUUAAUGGAACUUUACCUUUCUUCAGUAGUUACGAAAACGAAACCAUCGAUAGUAACACAAUGUCAAUUGAUAAGAGCCAGAAUGCUUCGUCUAACAGCAGCAUUAAAGUUUUGCCAUUUUUUUAUAUUAAUGAAAAUAAAACCAAUGAGGAUGGCACUGUUUCAUCUGAGCUUAAUAGCACGAAUUUCUUCGUGAGUGAGACUUUCUCAUCUGAAAAAAGGAAUAGAACUUUUCCAUUUUUUGAUAGUUACGGAAAUGGAACCGUCAACAAUGACACGAUUUCAAGUGACAACAUCAGUACAACCUGGACAUUCUUCGAUGACGUCAGAGAUGAAACUGUGCCUACAGAGACUGCUCCAACAGGCAGCAACAAUGAAAUUGUACCAUUUUUUGAUAUUAACAAAUAUGAAAAUAAUGAGAAUGGCGCAGUCUUGUCUGAUAGCAAAAACAAAACAUUGACUUUAUUUGAAAAUGAAAACGAACUCGUUGUUAAUCAUACUGAUUCUUUUGAAAACAGCAGUGCGCAUUUCUUAUUUUUCGACACAGCCGAAAAUGGAACCUAUGAAAAUAACUCGGUCACAUUUACAAAUAGCAGUUCAACUUCCCAUUUCUUCAACUCGGAUAGAAAUGAAGCUGUUGAAAAUUACACAGACACAAAAGAUUAUAGCAGUACUAUUUUAACAGUCCUUAAUAUGGACGAAACCAUAGCAAAUGAUACCAACGUGACCUACCCAUUUUUUGAUGUCAAUGAAAAUGGAACUUUGACAAUUGAUAUUGACAAUUGA